AUGGCGGAUAACGUCGCCGAGGUCACGGCGCGCACAUACGCAAUCUGUUACGCUAUUCCACAAGGGAGAGUUACGACGUACGGCCACAUCGCCAAGCUGGCGGGGUAUCCCAACUACUCACGGCAUGUCGGGAACGCGCUCAAGACGCUGCCCUCAGGAACCCCGGUCCCGUGGUUUCGUGUAAUCUCCUCCAAAGGAGUCAUCUCGCCGCGCGGUGACGGCGGCCUCGGCGUUGCGCGCCAGCGUGAACGUCUCGAGGCCGAAGGCGUCGAGGUCGAGACUGUCUCGGGGCUCGGCGACCGCAUCGAUAUUCGGCGCUAUGGAUGGUUCCCCGAACGGGGUGAACAGACGCUCGACGCGUGGAUCGAGGCCCACGUCGGUCCAGCGGCUGUGGGAGACUGA